AUGGCUGUGAAGCCUGGUCCGCGAGACGAACUAAAGAACGAUGGAAGUCCUGCUGCUAUUUCUCAAUCGAAAUAUGGAGGUCAGAAGAAAUGGGUCAAACGUUAUCGUACUGAGGUCGCGGCGUCAAUGUCGUCGAUUCUAAGUACUUUCGUUGCUUUCCCACUGGACUCAGUCAAGACACGAAUGCAGACCUAUAAGUACGAGAGUUUCACGGAUUGUGUCCGACACACAUACAAGACGGAGAGGUUCCGGGGAUUCUUCCGCGGCGUCACGGCGCCCAUGGCAAGUGUCACUCUUGUCCGUACGAUAUCAUUUUCCGUCUACCAAAGAUCAAAAUACACCUAUGCAGAAUGGUUCAAGCGAAAUUUCGGGGUCGAUCCCCUCGUGCAUGUGAAUACACCAGGCACAUAUCCAAAUCUAUCUACAAUUGCUUGUUUUGGAGCUGCAGGAGCGACGGCUGGGUCUUUCAUCACUCUGGUAGCAUGUCCUUUCGAGUUGACCAAACUCAGCGCCCAGGUCUCUGUUCUUAUGGCUGAUAGGAAAGUUUCGAGUGUUUCCGAACCAUCAACCGGAAGAGCUAUAGCUGCAAGCUACCAGAACAAAGGAACCUGGAAAACAGCGAAGAACAUCGUGAAGCAUCGAGGAUUCGCAGGGCUGUAUUCCGGGUUCAACCUCCAUCUCCUGAGGGAUACUCUAGGCACAGCGAUUUAUUUCAUGACAUACGAGAGCAGCAAGCAACUUCUUACAACUUACCGUGGUGAUAAGUCCCCAACCAAUCCUUUUGCUGUGGUAGUAGCCGGAGGGCUAUGUGGCGUUGCGUCCUGGGCGUUGAUAUACCCGAUUGAUUCCGCGAAGAGCAUCUACCAACGAAACUGUCUCACGCACUGCAGAGGCGAGAAAGUCAAGAAGGCACCGAAGAUACAGUUUUUCAACAAGAGGAUGUACCGCGGACUUGGCGUUUCGAUGGGACGAAGUUGCGUCGUGAAUUCGAUUUUCUUUUCUGCUUUUGAAUUUAUCAAGAAGCAGAUAAACUCCAUAGAGGACUAG